GUAAAAGCGGAGAUGAUAUAUUCCAUCAAAACAGACGUAAAUUUAUUCAUAAAAACCAGUUUGGUCACCUGUAUCAUUUGGGACCUGACUCACAAAAUUAUCGGCGAAUUAUACUAUAACAAUCCAAGGGAGCCUCUUCAGAAAUCUAUAUAUCCUUCCGGUACGCCUUGGCCGAUGCCAAAAAAUAUAAAAUUUGAACCUAUUUCUCUAUCGUUAAAUCCUGAAACGUUGGUCAUAACUUCUAAUUUGCAAUGUGAUAUCCUCGAAAAAGCUUUCGAAAGAUACGCGAAUAUAAUGUUUUCGGACGAAAAUUAUCACAUUGAUCCAGAAUUACCACAAAUCGCUAAACUAAAUCUAAUCAUUCGAUCUAAAAUCUGUGAAUCCUAUCCUCCCCCAAACAUGGACGAAGCUUACGAAUUAUAUUUUAAAAAAUAUUUCUAUGACCCGAAACGCAACGAUAUGCAAAGCCCCGAUCUCAACACUAUACAAAAUCAAAUAUAUCGUGACAGGGAAGAAACCCUUUCUGACAUUAGCAUUUAUGAUGUGUACGAAGCCCGCAUCAUUUCUCAAACGAUUUGGGGUGCUUUGAGGGGUCUAGAAACAUUUAGUCAAAUGAUAACGUACACCAACAACAAUACGUAUGUAAUGAACAAGCAAACAAUAUACGAUAACCCGCGGUUUAAACAUAGAGGACUAUUGGUAGACACUGCUCGACAUUUUAUACCAGUGUUCAUCCUGAAGAAAAUAUUAGACGGUAUGAGUUAUAACAAAAUGAACGUAUUUCAUUGGCACAUAGUUGACGAUCAAGCUUUUCCCUAUGAAUCAAUCACUUUUCCAGAAUUAUCAAAAAAAGGUGCAUAUACCCCGGCUCACACAUAUAAACAAGAUGAUGUUGCAGAUAUCAUAAAAUACGCUCGAUUUCGAGGAAUAAGGGUUAUACCGGAGUUUGACACUCCUGGCCAUACAUUUUCAUGGGGAAAAUCUCAUCCAGAAAUUAUGACAUCAUGUUAUGGAGAUGGGAGAAAUCCUAAUACACCUCGUUUGCCCUAUCAUCGUUCUAGAGAGAAUUUAGACCCCUUAUCUCCUAUUACUUAUAACUUUAUAGAACGUUUGUUUAAAGAAAUAUUUCGCAUAUUUCCUGACCCGUAUUUCCAUGCUGGAAUGGAUGAGGCAUUUCCCGCUUGUUGGCGUUCAAACCCUUAUAUUAAUAACCUAACAUCCAAUACUUAUUACGACCCUUACAAAAUCGCUUUCGAUUAUUAUAUCAAUCGUACGGUAAAUAUCAUCAAUAAAUAUCACAAAAACAUAAUUGUUUGGGAGGAUCCGGUCGAAGAUAAUAUAAAUUUGCCAGAAAAUAUAACGCUUCAAGUUUGGAAGAAUUGGGGAUUCGAAGUAUCGCUAACUCACAAAAUUCAGCAAUACGCAUUAUUAGGUCACAAGUUAAUAAUAUCAGCACCUUGGUAUUUAGAUGAAGAAUAUCGCAAAGAAGAUUGGAAACGAUUUUACACGUAUGAACCGGAAAUGUCUAUGGACUUGGAAUCUUUUUUAACUUCGCCGAUUAUUGGGGGAGAAGCUUGUAUGUGGUCAGAAUAUAUUGACGGGUCUUCAAUCUUGGAAACUAUUUGGCCUAGAGCAUCGGCUGUCGCUGAAAGAUUAUGGAGUCCAAGGGGAGUUAACAACAUUGAUAAUGCGGAACUAAGAUUAGGGGAGCAAAGAUGCCGAAUGACUAGACGAGGAAUCGAUGUUAGACCUAUUAAACCAGGAUUUUGUGGGAAAUAUGAUUAUGGAUUAAUGCCAGAUUCGACUACUCCUGACAAUAUUGCCGGAAAUCAAUGGAUUCUACUUCCGUCAUAAAUGAUUUUAAUUUUUUUUAAAAAUCGGU